AUGGCAAAGGAGGAGGUUGGAGCUAUUGUUCAGGGGCUCCAUCACAAGAAACAUUCUCCAACCCAUGGCAAAAGGGAUGAAACUAAAGUGGCAGAGUCCAAAGAUAAACAGAAAAUCCCAGGUUCACCUCAAGAAAAGAACGCAAAGAAAGGAAAUAUUCUUGUGAGGGCUAGGGAAGAAAUUGAUGCUAUUAUCCACCACAAGUCACCUCACCGUCAUCACAGAGAAACUCACGGGUUGAGCGAUGAUAUUGACGAGAAUACCCCUAAUGAUGAAGUUAAAGGUCAGAUAAACUCCAACUCAGUUCUGGUGGCUCUUUUGGACUCGCAUUACAUGGAACUCGCUGAGUUUGUGGAGAAGUCCAUGCUCUUGCAGACGCUGGAGGGUACUGCCAGCAGCCACAAUAUCACCAUCUUCGCAUCCAGUAAUGAAUGGGAGAUAAAGGCCAGGGAUUUGAUGGGUCUUGAAGGAGAACCAGUGUGUAUUUGGAUUCUGGGGCUUUGGUUUUUGAUUUCGGCUCUGUAUGCAGUUACUGUGGCGUAA